AAAGGAAGUAGCGACGAGCAGGCUAACGCUAGUCGUGCUACAAGUUGAGAACGACCAAAACAAACGAUGACAGUCGAGCAAAGAAGCCGGAAAAACAUUGGAAUAACCAUGGAAAUUGAUUUAUUUUAACAGUUGUGGUUGGCCAUUAAAUGUUACGCUAGUUUUAUGUAUUUCUACAUUAUAGACUUUUAGCAAGCAUCCUAUUUUGCGUUUCAGUUUGCCAGUGUCUGAGCUGUAACUAUCUGGUAGCGACGCUGUCCGUGUAGACCAGCGUUAUGCUUUGGCUAGCGUUAACUUCCAGCUUUGCUAACUAGCUUUGUGGUUGCCAGCUGUCAACAAAGCUUUACAUGACCGAUUAGUUUUGACAUUUUACCACGGUUUAGCCACAAUUAACGAGCGAUGCCGAGACCGGUGAAGGGACAGUUUGGUUGCUAACGCCGAACCGUCUUUUUAACCCGUCUAGCAAAUUGUGAAAUCGUUGUUGGCUAGCUAGCUUCGUAAUAGGGAUGAGUUGGUUCAACGCAUCUCACCUGUCCAGCUUUGCAAAACAAGCUUUAACAUCAGCUCAGAAGUCAAUUGACCGUGUUCUGGAUAUAAAAGAAGAGGACCAAUGGAGUGACCAAGUUGUCAUGCCCUAUGACGGCGUUUCAUUGCCUGGGAAGCUUUCAUUAAGUGGAGGAUGGGGUAUGACGCAGUGGGAAGCGCCUGCUGAGGAAAAGACCACCACUCCUCCUCCUUCGUCAGGGGCCAUCACUACUCCUGUCACUCGUACUGUUGUGGAUGAAUCCGAAAACUUUUUCAGUGCCUUUCUGUCCCCCGGAGAUGUACAAGCUGUCACCAAACCCCAUGUUGUGUCUGUACCCCCUACUAAGGCUCAGCGACCUCAAGAAAAGGAGAAGGCAAGCCAAGGAGUUGUGCUUCAGACCCUAAAAGAUGACGUGAGUCCAAAGUCAGGACCUGCUGAUACGAGUUUUGAUAGUCAAGAAGUUGCUGAGGGCCAGCCUAAGGAACCCGAAUCCUCUGAAGCUGCACCUUAUGCAGACACUAUCCUCCUUCAGCCAGUUUCUCCUUCUUCUUCUCCCGAUUUCUCUUGUGACAUUGAGAGUAAAACGAGCAGUGUAAAAACAGAUGUUGAUUCGUUGGUUUCUGAAGAAUCAAAUGAGAAGCAAUCGGACGCUCUGUUAGAACACAAUGUAGAGCAGGAUGCCACAAAUUCCUUUGAACCAUCCUCUUCUGAAGCUAAGAGCUCUAUUCCUGCAGAUCCUUCGACCUCCACAUCUGCUAAGGAAGUUCUCCCAGAUCAUAAAGACUCAAAAGUGGAGGAUCGUCAAAAUGACACACCCUCGCCUCCAGUCAGUGCUUUCUCAUCAGGAACAUCUACCACUAGUGAUAUUGAAGUACUUGACCAUGAGAGUGUGUUGAGUGAAAGCUCAGCCGGCUCCAGACAAGAAACCAGUGAGAGCAAAACUGGCCUUCAUUUAAUGCAGGGUUCCUUUCAGCUCCUUACUGCCUCCACCUGUGGGGAUUUUCCUCAAAUAGAGGAUUACCCCAAACUCACAGAGAGCUGUGGUUCCUCCUCAGAUGCAUUUGAGCGAAUUGAUUCAUUUAGCUUGCAGUCACUGGAUAGCCGGAGCGUCAGUGAGGUUAACUCAGAUGACGAGAUCCCUGGCAGUCGGACUCUAGCGUCUGUCACAGCAGGCUCUGCUCCUUUAGCAGUGUCAUGUCAGAAGCCGGAGGAUGAAGCGGAGGAGAAGGUGGGUGAGGAGGAAGAUGAGGAGGAGGAGGGAUUCACAGAGACGACAAGGGAGCAGUCGUUGGAUGAGAUGGAGGAAAGUGGGCGGAGUGCAACGCCUGUGAAUAGUGAGCAACCUGAAGAAUUGACAGAGCUGGGAUGUGACGUGAAUGUGACGCUGUUUGAUUCCUCCUCCAAAGCUGAAGAACGGAGCAUGCCACCGAUCACCGAGGAGAUGAAAAGUGUCUCAACUGUUCAGAUAUUGGAGCUUCAAAAGGUUAUUGAUGAUCUUUCAAGUCGCCUCGAGAAGAGAGAGUCUCAGCUGCUGGCAGUUAGCAAAGAGAAGGCCAGGCUGGAGGAGGAGUGUGAUAAUCUGAAAGAUGAAGUGAUAAGCUUGAAGGAAGAGAGCUCCACUGUUCAGUCCCUGAAAGAUGAGUUCACACAGCGCAUAGCUGAUGCAGAAAGGAAGGCUCAGCUGGCCUGCAAAGAAAGAGACAUAGCCAAGAAGGAGAUAAAGGGCUUGCGAGAGGAACUUUCCACAAGAUUAAACUCCAGUGAUACAAUGGAAAUCAUCCGAGAGAAAGAGGAGCAGAUCAGAGGUCUGCUAGAAGAGGGUGAAAAGCUGUCUAAGCAGCAGCUGCAGCACAGCAACAUCAUCAAGAAACUUCGUGUGAAAGAGAAGGACAGCGACACAAAGAUCACGAAGCAGCAGAAGAAAAUCAAAGAGCAAGAGGAAGAACUUAAGCACCUGCAGCAGGUUCUUGAUGGGAAGGAGGAGGUAGAGAAGCAGCACAGGGAGAACAUCAAGAAGCUAAAUGCAGUGGUGGAGCAGCAGGAGAAGGACCUGAGCAGGCUGCAGUUGGACUCAGAUGAGCUACAGGAGAAAAACAGGAGUCUACAGGCUGCUCUAGACAACUCUUAUAAGGAGCUUGCAGAACUUCACAAGGCAAAUGCCAGCAGAGCCAGCGAGGUUGAAGAGGCAGCUCUGAGCAGGGAAACACAGGCCAAAGAACAGCUGAGUCUGGCUCUUGAGAAGGCCCAGGAGGAGGCCAGGAUGCAACAGGAAGCUUUGGCCAGUCAGGUGGCUGAUCUAAGGCUUGCUCUGCAGAGGGCUGAGCAACAGCAAGCAAGGAAAGAAGAUUAUUUGAGGGAGGAGAUUAGUGAGCUUCAGCAGAGACUUCAGGAAGCUGAGACGAGGAACCAGGAGCUCAGCCAGAGUGUUACCUCAGCCACACGACCCUUGUUGCGACAAAUUGAGAACUUACAGGCUUCACUGGGCGGACAAACUGCAUCCUGGGAAAAACUAGAGAAGAACAUCUCUGACAGGCUGGCGGAUGCUCAGGCACAGCUGGCUGUCGCUGUGGAGAAGGAGCGAUCAGCAUCAGAGGAACUGUUAUCGAUGAAGUCCCAGCUGGCCUCUCUGGAGUCCCAGAAUUCCUUAGUCCGCCAGGAGAAAUCCAGACUUCUGGCUCAACUGGAAACUGAGAAAAGCAAGAGAGAGAAACUGGAGGAUGAGAGCAGCAGGGAACAUGUUGAAUUGACGAAUCUGCGAGGAGAGCACAUUCGCACGCUAGAAGAGGCCAAAAAAGAAAAGCUGUUGCUGACCAACCAGCUAGAGAUGGAAAAGAUGAAAGUGGAGCAAGAGAAGAAAAAAUGCUAUUUAGCACAAGAAGCGCUUAAAGAAAAGGAGCGAAAGGCUGUGACAUACCCUGUUGGAGAACCUCCAGCAUCUUCCACACCUUCCCUGUCCCGCUCCAGCUCCAUCAGUGGGACAGACAAUUCUGGGCUGCACAACUUCCUCCAUUCGCAGGAUGAGUCAUUAGACCACUCACAGGGAACAAUGACCAUGUCUAUGUCAAUGAGUGGGACCAACCUGUAUGAGGCUGCCAGGCUGUCCGGAGGCUCCAGCAUCAUCGAGAACCUCCAGUCUCAACUCAAACUGAGAGAAGGGGAAAUAGCACAGUUACAGCUUGAAAUUGCCAAUUUAGAGAGGAGUCGCUCCGUGAUGGCAGAAGAGCUAGUUCGACUCACAAAUCAAAACGAUGAGAUGGAGGAGAAAGUGAAGGACAUACCCAAGCUGAAAAUUCAGCUUAAGGAUCUGGAGCAAAGACACAACACCAUUCUGCAGAUGUAUGGAGAAAAGGCUGAGGAAGCAGAGGAACUGAAACUCGACCUUGAAGAUGUAAAAAACAUGUAUAAAACUCAGAUUGAUGAAUUGCUGAAGAACCAGAAAUAAACUAGUUUCACUGCAGUUUUACUUCUGGGACAUAAAUGUGUUCACAGAAUUACAUCAGACAAAGAAUUUAAGUUUAAUCACUGAAGGUUUAUUUUAAUCUAAUGUCAAUUAUUUUAAUCGCUGAUCUUUAUUUGAGUGGGGAUGUUGGGAUUAUGCCAAACAUUUAAUGCAUAUUACUGAAUCAGUAUGAAAGAUAGUCAGUUUUAUUCAAAUCUUUGGGAUUUGCUUUGGUCUUGCUGAAUCUUUGACAUAGAAGUAUACAGAGAGGUUUUAACUGUAAGAAAUGAUACAAGUUUUUGCACUAUAACAAUUAUUACUGGUUUAAGGAGUAUAUAAAAAAUACUAUUGUACAUAGAAAUGUAUGUGUUAACACCAGACAAAUCACAAAAUGUGUAGACCUGAAAGUAGUCCCAUUAAAUCCUGAAGACUGGAUUUUAAACCCUAAACAUAUGUAAAAGAAUAAAUGUGUAUUUAAGUGGCAGUAAAUUCAUUAAUUUGAAUGGAAUAUAAUUAAUCACACAUAAGUUUGCAUUUUUCACAGCAUUCACUCAUUUCAAACAUUAUCUCAAUGCUACACAAAAGCUACUGAAAUAAAUCUCCAGGUUGUGGACAAUUUCA